UGGUCCCGUGAGAAGCGCAUAUAAAAGGAGGGACGGGUCCUGCACUCACUCCGUCCACCAUCCUGCAGUCAGGCAGUACUUACUCACCACUCCUGCAAGCAAAUCUCCCCAACAACAACGAAGUGUGCAGCCACAUUUGUGUGCCUGUUGAUGUAUGUGGGAGCAGUCGGUACAGUACUAGUUGCAGCAGAAGCAGCCGUCGAUCAAGCCCCGGAGCUCUCGUGUGGAAGAGUCCAGAGAGGAGGAGGGAACGAGGAGAUAGAUAGAAAGCGAGUGUGAGAGAAAGACAUAUAGAGACAGGGCCACAGUCUUCAGAGUCACGCGAGUGAUUCCGUACAGACCAGACAAACCUCCUUCUGUUAAUUCUGUCUCGAGGAGCUUCCUCUUAACACCUGGUCCCGUCGCCACUUGUGUGCCCAUCACAUCGACAGUCCAAAGAUUUUCUCUUCGGCAAAUCAAUCAGCUGAACGCGUAUUCAAGCUCGCUUGAGAGAGAGAGAGAGAGAGAGAGAGAGAGAUGGCCAGAGCGAUGGAGAGAGCGAACCCCAUCCAGAGCUCCUGCAACAAGUUCAGCCUGCACAUUCAGGACAAUUGCGAAGCAAGCCUACCGAACCAUGUGCGCAGCAUCAUGGGGCAGGAGUCAGGGGGGUCGUCCCCGCGCAGUCCUAAGAAAGUGUCGUGGGUGCCUGGGACGGUCGACAAUGAAGGGCUGCCCAAGAAGUCGUUCGAGAAGGAAUUCUACUUCUCGCAGGACAUCUGGGGCUGAAUUCCGUUCUGCAGCAGCACGUUCGGAUGACUGAAGCUCGACCUCGUGCUUAUGCGCAUACAUCUCUUCGACAUGUUACUGCAGCGGCAUCAAUAAUAUCGCUGCUGAAUGGCUCAUCUUGUGAAACUGCUUGAGCCAGUCUCUGUAUAUAUUGUACUGAACUUUGCUCAACUCAACUCCUCGCAACUGCAGCUUUCAAGCAAUCACCCUGCGCUCGACCUCGGCAGCCAUUAUCGACCAGCUCCAGAUUUUUUUGUCGACAAUCUCAUGGAGAAGCACCUCGCACGAACAGAGGAAUAUUGUAAAAUUCGUCACGCCUGCUGGUUUUUUUAUUUGUGAAAAGCUUUUUGUAAAUUCCAGGAUGGACAAGUUCUCCUUCCUAGUUACAGGUAUUCAAGAGUACAGAUUGAAAGGAAGGAAGGUGCUUUCAGUGGUCUUCUAUGUAUGCAGCCAGGAAGAAAUGGUAUAGAAUCGGUACUACAGUAGUGAUAAGUGUAGAGUUUAUUAGGCCUACUUGCAGGUUUUCGGCUUGCAUUUUCAUUAGAUUACACGGGAUUGAGAUCCUAUUGGAAGAAUCUCAUACCGCGGAUGGUAGAUUGCUCAUGAUUGCUAACCGCGCAGAAACAUAGAAUACAGGCUCAGCAUCCGCGUUCGUAUACAAAAUUAGGAUCUACUGAGAGACUAGCUCAGGUUAGGAGUGCCAGUGUGGUUGCAACGGAAAUAAAAGUCUGACAUCAUUUCAAUCAGCUUCCAUUUCUCUGACUGCAUUUUGACCUCGACCUCGAUAAACUGUUCUCCUCAUCUCAGAGUCCGGUGUCCCUAGCCUUGGCAAGGUUAUACUCUACCAUUGAGUUAUUUAGAUUCGCAUUUGUAUAUGUAAAAGUCCGCAUAGGUUGUGCUGAUGAUUGCAAAGCUAUCAUGCUGU